CCUAGCGGGACCUGAAAAAAAGUUCACGACAAGCGUUUCAGUGAAAAAUCGGGAAUUCGGUGAGGAAUUAACGAGCAAUUUGCCAGAGGAAUACGGCCAAGUGGACGGAAAUUACGCGCCAACAUGGACACCAACGGGGAUCGAAUAGAAAAACUCUAUAAAAACUACGAAAUCCUUAGUGAAGCCAAGGAGAAAAUCACCGAGCAUGAAGCCGAGUACCGGGAAAUCCUGGAUGCCGUCAAGGGCUCCGCGAAGGAGAAACGUCUGGCGUCGCAGUUUAUCGGGAAGUUCUUCAAACACUUUCCCUCGCUGGCCAACAUGGCCCUCGACCGGCAGCUCGACCUGUGCGACGAUGUAGACCCGCAGAUUCGACGCCAGGCGAUUAAAGAUUUGCCCCAGCUGGGCCGUGACAGUACGGAUCAUACACCGCGGAUUGCCGAUAUUUUGGCCCAACUUCUCGGUUCCGACGAUGUUUCGGAGUUGCAGCAAGUGCACCAGUCCCUCAUGACGUUGACCAAGUACGACGCCCUUGGGACUUUGACGGGCGUUUUUAGCCAAAUAGCGACCGGAGAUGAGACAGUGCGAGACCGUUGUUUCCAGUUCAUUAACAACAAGAUCAUGAAAAUUGGUACAGAAAUCAUUACGAAGCCGCUCGAAGACUUCAUUAUCGAUGAAAUCAAGAAAGCUCUUUCGGAGGACGUAACAGCCGAUGAGUUUCAUCAGUGCAUGGCGAUCCUGGGGCAGACGAAGCUCAGCAAAACGUUGCCUGGACACGUUGAGCUGGUAAAAAUAGCCGCUGAGCAGGCGGACCUGGACAACGAUCCGGGUGUCCUUGCGUCCGAUGACGAAACGGUUGAACGUUUCAUAAAUUGUGCAACGGAGGCUAUGCCGUACUUUUCCUCUCAGGUAGAGUCAACGCGGUUCGUGAAGUUUGUGUGUGAAAAAUUCCUCCAACGGAACGUAUGGAGUCUGAUCGGUGCGGCCGAUGAGCAUCAUCAAACUCAGUUGCGACUCCUUAAAGUGUUUGCUGAGAUCUGUCCUUCCUGCGGUACGCUUGAGAAAGCAUCCGAAAAAGUACAAGCCAUUUAUGAAGUGUUACUGGAGUACAUGCCACUACCACCGCUCGAUGCAGACCUGAAUGAGACACCUUCUUUCCAUUUUUCGCACGCCGAGUGUCUGCUGUACGCUCUGCACACACUCGGUAAGCAGGCGGCCGAGUUUCUCACGUUCCCCGAAAAUCCAGCCAAACUGAAAGACUUCCGUUCGCGGCUACAGUAUCUCGCCCGGGGCACUCAGGGCUACAUCAAGAAGCUCCAGGAAGCCGUGAAGGGUAAAACGGUGGAGGAAAUGAAAUCGGAGGAAAAUCAAAUCAGAGUAACGGCCCUAAAGACAACCUCCAACAUCAGCACCCUGAUUCGCGACCUUUUCCACACACCUCCUUCCUUCAAAUCGAACGUUCAUCUAUCGUGGUUUGUGCCGAAAGGAAAGAAAUUGCAACAAAAGGAAGCGGAAGAGGCGAAGGCGGGCAACAAACGACAUGCCCCGAUCACCUUCGAUGCUAACGGAAAAGCUACCAAGGGGGCGGCAGCUGGUGGUGGUGAUACAAAAGGCCCUAAGCAGUCAAAAGCUAGCCCCGGGUCGCAAAAGAUGUACACGCCACCGUCGGGCAAGUACUCUGGCAAGAUACACAACAACCAGCAGUCGAAGAAUGGUGGUAGUGGCCGCCGUGGAUCCGUUGGAGGUAACGGUGGCGGUGGUGGUGGUGGUGGCGGCGGUGGAAAUUUCCGGCGUGGUGGUGGCGGAGGCGGUGGACGAAACAACGUGGGAAAAAGGAAGUAUUAGAGCGGCAAAUGGUAAGAGGAGUUGCUCUUCUCCCGAAAAGGAUAUCUCCGAGUGAGAAGGAGCAGUGUACGAACAGCUCGUGGCGAUGUGUUUUUGCUUUUCAUUUGCUUGCAUUGUCUUUCCUUCUGCUUUCAUAUCGCGGAACUUUCUACGGCUAGGCAUUCGUGCUAGCAGGUGACCAUGCUUUCGUUAAAAAGAAAGCAUUUUUUUUUAAUCUACGUUCAUUCACCACAUCCUGUGCUCAGAACGGCUUGAUUAGAUGUUGUGGGCACAUUACUGAUUUUAAUGAUUCUACGAAUUAUUUGAAAACUUUAUUUAGAUCAAUAGCAGCGAUAGAUGCUCUGUUGUUAUGAAGAACGUGAUGCGCCUACUGUUUGCGCAGCUAUAACUAUUCAGUAAUUGUUUUAGAAUCUAGACAGGCAUUGGUUUAUGAUGUUUUCAUUCGAUACUGUAUCCCCAGAAAAGGGGAUAGAGAGUGAAGUAAUGAUAUUCGCUUGUUUACUUGAAUGAGAUUCACCAAACAAACAAUGCACCGUAGUUCCUCAUGCGUUUUCAAAAUACGAGUUACAUUUUCUUCGUAUCAGGAUCUUCCACAUUUUUCCAACUCUCAUAAUGCAACCAAGCAUUAGUACCUUUUCAUUCACUUCACCUUAUCGCUACCAUAGUUUCCUUUGCUUGCGCACCUUUUUCGCACAAAACACAUCUGUCGUCAAGCUGUUCGUACUCUCCGCAUCCAAUCGCAUUUGCCAUCGUCCGACAGUUACAACAGCAACCACCACAACAACGAUAUCUCUACGACCCUCUGCAAGAUGCACCCCGCCCGCGCCACUGUAUCCGCAGUGCUGAUGAUCCUGAAAAACGCAAGUGAAAACUCGAUUUCCAACCGUGUGUAAGUGUGUAGCGUCGUAUUGCUCUAGCUUUCAAUCGUGUGUGCGAUGGACAGGUUUGGACCGGAAGUGCAUAAAAUGAGUAUUGUCUAACCUACUACCGAUAUCUAAACAUUUUACUUCUGAACGAUAGCCGAUACCUAUUGGGUAGCACUAUCCUUUACGAUGCCGUUACGCUAUGAUUUAUCGCAUGGCGAUCGUUGCUUGACUAGUUCGUUGUGAACUGGAACUUCAUUUCAGGAGAUACCUCUUUUGAUACUUACAUGAACAUUGAUGCUCUAUUUUGUGAGCUUGAAGAUGACAAUUUAAACAUUUUAGUGAGUACACUGACUUGCAAUCAUUAUACUAAUGAUGAUAAACCUAGCGGUUAACAUGCCGAACUUCAUAAAAUCAAUUUCGAUCACAGUUUGCCGAAUGGUUCGCUUUGGAGCUGCAAUUGGUCGGCUUUUUUAAACAAUUUGGUUGUGAUUGUGGGAUUCCUUCUAUAAGCAAACCCCUAUUGCCGGUACUCUUGUGUACAGGAAAAGUAUCGAUGGUUAGUUGUGUUACCGGUUCCGGUUCGAACAGUACACGGUUUACACGAAAGCAAGCUACAAUACGACAAUUAAUAAAAAUUCAAUAAUAAAAUUCUAACGAUAUGAAACAUA